CUGAACUUUUUUAUUGACCCUCAAAGUGAUUUGCACAGUAAAGUGAAUUUCAUGCUCAACCGAGAAAGAAAAAUAAUCAAAAUAAUAAUAAAAAGAACUUAAUAUUGAAAAAGAUCAUGUCAGAAAAGGGAUCGGAGCCGCUGAUAUCUGACAGUAAGCAAGCACAGCAGUUUAAUGGACCCCCACCACCAUGUUACACAAGUCAGCCUAAUUAUGUUCCCCCGCCGCAGGCAGGAUAUGUUAUUCAAGGUCAACCAGCUCAGCAAGGUUUUGUUGUACAGCCUCCACCACCUUAUGGUGUCCAGUUUACCAAUGGCCAGGUAGGAGUGCGGAAUGUUGUACCUUUGCCACCAGCCCAGGAUCACUUGCUUGCCGCCAUUCUCGUCACGGUGUUCUGCUUCUUUCCCACAGGGAUUCUUGCCAUUAUACGGGCUUCAGAUGCUAAAGCCGCAGCAUCAUAUGGGGACAUGCACACAGCCGAACGUCACUCGAAAAGUGCGAAGAAGAUGAUUAACAUCAGUAUAAUUGCCGGUAUUUUUUGUACGCUGCUGAUGAUUGCCCUCUUUGUGGUGUAUUUCAUGGUUAUAACAAACAACAUCAGGAGAGCUUACAACAGUAACGACUACUAACAUCAGACCGUCAA